UCAACACACACAUACUCCUAUUCGAGAACAACCUCGCAACCAUGAAGGCAUCUUUUGCCUUUUCCAACUUAUGUGGAACGGUGUACAGGCAAGGAAAUGUGAUCUUAUACGAUGCACCAGAAGGCACAUUACUCCUUUCGCCUUGUGGCAAUCGAUUGAGCGUGUUCAAUUUGACAAACAAUACAGCCACAACACUUCCAUUCGAAAUGCGAAGACCGAUAAGAAGGAUAGCACAAAAUCCGAAACAAGGUGAUAUCAUCUUGGCAAUUGAUGAAGUUGGUCAAGCACUCUUAGUAAAUGCCCGUGCAAGAGUUGUACUGGCUCAUAUCAACUUUAAAGCACCCGUUCGUGAUGCAGCAUUUAGUCCUGAUGGAAGAUAUAUUGCUAUCACUCAUGGAAAUCGAAUUCAAGUUUGGAAAACACCAAACGCUUUAGCAAGAGAUUUUGCACCAUUUGUACUGCAUCGGAUUUAUACUGGACAUUUUGCUGACGCUCUUUGCGUUCGAUGGACAAAAGAUGGAAGAUUCUUUCUAUCUACCUCAAAAGAUAUGACCAUCCGGAUAUACUCACUUGAUCCAAUAGCGCUACCGUCAGCACCACUAGGAAGAUACAAACCCAAAUCACUCGGAGGACAUCGAGAUGCAAUCAUUGCAGCAUAUUGGAGCGACGAUGAAACCGAGAUUUACUCGGUCGGACGUGAUGGCUCUUGUUUCACAUGGAGAGACAAAGACGAAGGCGAUGACGAUGACGAAGAAGACGAAGAUAUGGAAGAAUACGACUUUGGCGAAAAGGAUGGUGCUACAGCUGAAAAAGAUAUUGCAAGCACAUCAACAGAAGCGCCUCCUGCCAUGGCAACAAGGAGAUGGGGUUUGGCAUCUCGUAAUUAUCUGAAGAAAGUUUCGUCGACCGUGGUCUGUUCAGCUUUCCAUGCGCCAACAUCUUUACUUGUCGUUGGGUUCUCGACAGGUGUGUUUGGAUUGUACACAUUGCCCAAUGUCGAAUCUUUGCACACACUCAGCAUAUCGUCCGACAAGAUCAGCUCCGUCUGUACUUCUGCUGACGGUGCUUGGCUAGGAUUCGGAUGUUCAAGAUUGGGUCAAUUGCUUGUUUGGGAAUGGGCUUCUGAAUCUUAUAUUCUCAAACAGCAAGGUCACUUUCUCGAUAUGAAUGCUCUUUGUCAUUCUCCAGACGGACAAAUUAUUGUCACUGGAGGUGAUGAUGGAAAGGUCAAGCUGUGGAAUGUUGCCAGUGGCUUUUGCAUUGCAACUUUGAGCGAACAUACUGCUCCCAUCACAGCAGUUGAAUUUGCCAAACGUGGAAAAGUUUUGUUUACUGCAAGUAUGGACGGCACGGUUCGUGCAUGGGAUUUAGUACGUUAUCGUAACUUCCGUACAUUCACAAGUCCAAGACCAGUGCAAUUUGGAUGUUUGGCAGUCGAAGCCAGUGGAGAGAUUAUUUGUGCAGGCAGUGGAUACGGUGGUGAUUCUUUUGAUAUCUUUAUGUGGAGCGUUCAAAGUGGAAGAUUAUUGGAUAUACUUAGCGGACAUGAAGGACCCGUUUCUUCGAUUGCUUUCAGUCCAACGGGAAGCGGGAUGUUGGCAAGCACAAGUUGGGAUAAAAGUUUGAAGAUCUGGGAAUGCUUCAAGGGAAAAGCUGCUGUUGAUUCAAUUACUUUGAAUGCUGAUGCACUGGCCGUUGCUUAUCGAUUCGAUGGAGCGGAGAUUUGUGUAGCCACAUUGGAUGGUCAAUUAGCCUUCUUUGAUCCUCGCGAAGGUGCGAGGCAAACGGGUGUUCUGGAAUGUCGAAGAGAUAUCUCUCCUGGUCGUAAAUUGGAUGAUAAGGUUAGCGCUCGUGCGAAUGCUGGAGGAAGUCAUUUCAAUACCUUGGCCUACAGCGCUGAUGGCAGCUGCAUUUUAGCAGGAGGCAAUAGCAACUGGGUGUGCUUAUACAAUGUCCAAGAAAAAGUUCUUCUCAAGAGAUGGCCGCUAACACAUGAUUCGACGCUGGACGGCGUCACGGAUAGGCUCGACAAUCGAAAUUUGACAGAAGAUGGAAGGCAUAUCGAUCUGGUAGACGAUUUUGCAGAAGAUGACGAAAUGACAUUUGCAGAAAGGGCAGAUAAGUCCUUGCCGGGCGGGAAGCGAACAGAUCCAACCCAAAGAACCACAAGAGCUGUUGCACGUUGCAAAUCUUUGCAAUUCAGUCCUUCAGGUAGCAUUUGGGCAGCAGCAAGUACGCAAGGAUUGUUGAUCUACAGCUUAGAAGCACGCAAUGCUGCAGGAAUGGGAGGUGGCGCAGAAGCGUUUGAUCCGAUCGAUUUGGAUAUGGACUUGACGCCUGAUAAUGUACGAUCAGCAAUGAAUGACGGACAGAGUGUGACGGCUAUCAUUGGUGCUUUGCGAUUGGGAGAUCAAACAUUGUUGGCAGAAGUGUAUGAACAUGUCAAGCCGCAAGAUAUUCCCUUGGUCGUUCAACAAAUGCCUUUAAUCCACUUGCCGGCCGUUUUACGUUUGGUCACACGAAGGAUGGCACCUUCUACCACUACAUCGAAACCAAUACAAGAAAAGGAGAAAGCUCUCAAUGGGGAAUUGGUCUCGGCCAGAACGACAACAACGGCCAGCGGAGGAUCUCCACAUGUUGAAUUUCAUCUGCUCUGGCUUGCGUCCAUUUUGGGUAUACAUGGAUCAACAUUGAGAAAGUCAGCCAAUUCGGGUAACUUUGCUCCAAUUUUGCGUUCAGCUGCAUCUGCUUUACAAGAAAUUUCUGCAAACGUGAACCGAAUGGCAGAAGAUAAUCUUCAUUUGAUGUUAUAUUUAUGGGGAGCUAUGAGAGAAUCAGGUCAGGAAAUUGAAGCAGCUUGAGAAAACCCAUUGUAUUAUACAACAUGCAAAUUUUUAUACUUGUACAGGAUAUUUUAAAG